AUCUGAUAAACAAAGUUUUCGAUGUUCUGUCAAAGUUUGUUCAGAUUUACGAGUUUACGUACUGAUUUGCGAGUUUUAUUCUACAGUUUCACAAAACUCGAAUCAAACAUUAGGAUAAAGACCUAGUUACUUCCGUGAUGUCUGCUCAAGUGAACAGCGCCGAACUUUGUUGAAAGACGAGAAAUCGUGAACAGUGCUAAAAACAGCGAAAGCUCGAUUGAGGUAAAUUACAGUCAGGAUUCCAAAUAACCGAAAAAUAAAUUUCUAAUGCAGACACCAGCCAUUGUCUGGCUAAGAAACAUCUAACAAACAUGCCUACAGAAUAUAAAGAACUCAAGUUUCUAGCAAACCAGGAAGUCAACGAAUCGAUUGACGAAGAAAUGCUAGAUCAACAAAAUAAAACCAGCACGGUUAAGAUGGAAGUUUGGCCGGAAGAGAAUCUCGUAGUAAAUUCUAUAACCAACGAAAGUUCUGACUGCCCGAAUGAUUCGAUCAAACUAAUCAACCACGAUAUCAAAGUUCCUCAUUCAGAUCUAGUUCAACAUAGCAUCGAAAUCAAACACGAGCAGAGGGAUAAGUCGGAUGUUAAUCCGCAGACAGACUCCAAAUCAAACGGCCAUGAACUAUCACUCCCUGACAGCAAGAAACCCUUCAAGUGUUCUGUCUGUAGUAAAUCAUUCCGCAGUCAAUACCUCCUUACGAGGCACAGUUCCACCCACGAUAAAGACCAUCCGUAUAAGUGUGGAGUCUGCAGUAAAACAUUCUGUCAAUCGUAUAAUCUGAAUCGGCACGAAAAAGUGCACUCCGAUAGCAGCAGGCCUUUUAGAUGUGAUAUUUGCGGUAAAGAGUUUGUCCGGCGAGAUAGACUCGCCGUCCACGCGCGAUACCACACCGGUGAACGACCGAACAAGUGCGAGAUCUGUGGCAAAGGGUUCUCCCAUUACACCUAUUUGGCACAACAUAUGCGUACGCAUGAGACCAAGCAGCCGUUGCAGUGUUCUUUCUGCGGAUUGGAGUUCUCCAAAAAAGAUCAUCUGAUCAAUCAUACCGCCUCACACACCGGAGAGUAUCCGUUCAAAUGCGAAAUUUGCGGUAAGGCAUUCGUUACUAAAGCUCAGCUUUCGCAACACAUGGUCACACAUACUCGCAAACGACCGUACGAAUGCGAGCAAUGUGGGAAAUCCUUUCACCGACAGCUUUAUUUGGAUCAUCACCAACGCACUCAUACCGGCGAACGUCCCCACGAAUGCAGUGCUUGUGGAAAAACUUUCAUUCAGAUAGCCCAUCUUUACCGUCACAUGCGAGUUCAUACCGGCAAGAAGCCUCAUUACUGUCAAGUGUGUUCCAAAGUAUUCGCCACUCGCGCCGAGUUGGACAAACACCGGCUUAUGCACACCGGAGAACGGCCGCACAGCUGCGAAAUCUGCGGGAAGACAUUCUCGCAAUACUGUAACCUCAACCGUCACCAGCAAUUGAUACAUUUUAAUAUCAGACCGCACGAGUGUGCGGUUUGUGGGAAAAAAUUCUCCCGUCGGGACGAGCUGGUUACGCACAUGGUCGCGCACACCGGACGCGGUUUACAUAAGUGUGAAUUUUGCGCGAAAACGUUCGCCCUCAAAUCGGUGCUGGUGCAGCACCAACGCCUUCACACCGGUGAACGGCCGUACGUGUGCGAGGUUUGCGGCGAGGCAUUUGUUCAAGUUGGCCAUCUGACCUGGCACAAGCGGUUGCAUGCUGGGCCGUCGACGGUAGUUCGGAAUGUGGAGAAGUUAGCUGCUAAUUAGAAUGGAAAGUAAUAAAGAUUUCUGUUGGUAUGACGUGUUUAUACCGAAGAUGACAACUGUAUCAGA